UUGAGCUUUGCAAGCAGCCUGGCAUCCAGCGCAAGCUACGCGAGCGAACUUCGUACAAUUCGUGAGGCACCAACUCGACCGGAAACAGCUCGCCCGGGAAAAGCUAGUGCACCCGCUCGCGUAUCUCGACGCAGUGUUCCGAUGGAUGCUGCGAUUCCACCCCAAAGUCGUCGAAUGCACCGCUCUAGUACCCAGAAUCGAACUAAUUGGCGCGACUUCGUCCCUCACGUCUACAAAGUGCUCGAUGGGCCAUCAAGGACACCGUCAUGCCGCUCUCUACCUCCUGUGCGAGCAGCAUCCUGCGCCCUGUGCGUCGACAUUGUCUCGAUCUGUGCCGGCCAGAUCGACACCGUCCCUGUCCGUUUCACGAACGCAUCCCAUGAGCUGGGAGAGGCUCCGACGUGAGAGAUCUGAAAUGGAACGCUGGAUCGAGGGGCACAGAUCCCGCUGCGUGCAUAGGACAUCUAGGGCCGCUAGCACGCACUGACAUUCAUGCAAAUGGGUGGAUCACGCAUCUGUCUUGGGCGUGGGCUCCUGUUUGCGAUGAUUCGAGAGAUUAUGGACAUCGUGCACAUACGAACACGGGAACAUGCACCAUAGCACGAAAUAAAAAUCAGGCCGCUUCGCCUUCAGGAGUCUCGUGGCGGAGGUGCAUGUGAUGCAUCCGCUGUGU